AUGGAUCCCUCGGAACCACCGCCCCUCUUUCCCCGCCAUGAACGCAGACAGAUCGAAUCGCUGCCGCGGAACCGUCCGCUCGCGAGAUGCGCCGCCGGCUCCACCCCCCCGUGCCUCAGCCAGUCCACUCGCGUCGACGCCUUCCGCUUACCGGCCGAGCCAUCGCCGGAGCUACCGGAGGACACCCUGAUCACCGUCUUCGGCACCCUCGAGAUCCCUGACCUCGUGCGCGCCGGCGCCGUGUGCACGUCAUGGCGCUCAGCCUACAUCACCCUGCGCGAGGGCAAGCAUAAGAAGUCCCAGACGCCGUGCCUGCUCUACACCUGUAAAUCCGCCGGCGAGAAUGUUGCGUGCCUCUACAGCCUCAUGGAGAAGCGGGUCUACAGGUUGACACUGCCGGACCCGCCGAUCCGCCGCCGGUUCAUCAUCGGGUCCUCACUCGGCUUCCUGGUUACCGUCGACGAGAGAUCUGAAAUGCUCCUCACCAAUCCCAUCACCGGUGAACAGAUUGAUCUCCCUUCGGUGACCACCAUCGAGCACGUGAAGCCCAUCCAUGACGACCGGGGUGCUGUCUACCAGUAUGAAAUCAGUGACAUUAGAAAUGAAGGUUUCCAAAUGCCGUGGACAUCUGAUCGUUGUGAGCUAAGGAACUACCUCCACUUCAAGGCGUUUGUGUUUCAUGAUACAACAACAGGAAGCUACAUCGUCGCGCUCAUCCACCGGCCAAUCGAUCUGCUCUCAUUUGCAAGAGUAGGGGAUGAUAAGUGGACCUGGCUGCCACCAAACAGGAACUAUCAUGACUGCAACUACAAGGAUGGACUUUUGUAUGCAGUGACUUUAAAGGGAGAGAUCCAUGCAUUCGAUCUUACUGGUCCUGCUAUUACAAUGAAGAUUAUCAGUUGUCUGGAUGAGGAGGAUUUAGGCAUCUGUGACGUCAUGUACAUUGUUCAGGCUCCAUGGGGGGAUAUGCUGCUUGUUUCGAGAUCAAGAGACAUUGUGGAUUCUGAAUUACGUGUUCUGAAUGCUGCAGGAAUGAAAUUACACAAAGUUGAUGCCAGCACAAUGAGACUUGCGGAAAUCGAUGGCUUACCUGACCACGUGCUGUUUCUUGGGCAUAACCAUUCACUUUGUCUGAGUGCCAAAGAAUAUCCUGCUCUCAAGGGAAAUCAUGCCUACUUUACUGACGAUAAUAAGGCUAUUUCAGGAUGUAAAAAUAUUCGUCGUGAUAUAGGAGUACUUAACUUGGGAAAUAAUAGCAAUGAUGACCUUGUGUCUCCUCAGCUUUGGUCCAACUGGCCUGCUCCUGUGUGGAUUACACCCAAUCUUACGACGAUGAAGCUAGCAUUGCCUAAGUAGGCCAGGUUCAAGUAGGCUUAAUAAUCCGCUUACUUAGGAGCCACUGAAGGGCUGAUGAUGAAGGGCUGAUGAUUAAGGAAGUCGCAUGAUGGCACAUGCUUUGAAAAGUUAUCGUUUUUUUUUAUCAAGUACUAUUAAGUUUCAUGACUUCUAUUCUAUGUGGGAUUUUCUAACUUUAUCAUGUCUUGCGACUGAUGUUUGUGCGACUCUGUCUUUUGUGGCUUGUGAGGGAAGUCAAAGGAUAUGAACUUUUUUUUU